AGCAAUCGCUGGAAACGUUUAUUCACGCUGCUGAAUGAACGCGUUUUCUUCAAAAGGGAAAUUAACUGAAAAAUAUCGCUGGCUCCAUAGGUGCAGGGCAGGAAGAAAUCACUGGCUUGCAUGAAAAAAAUACUCCAAAGCAGAAAGAGAGAGAGAGAGAGAGAGAGAGAGAGAGAGAGAGAGAGAGAGAGAGAGAGAGAGAGAGAGAGAGAGAGCGCGUGAGGAAAGUUUUCCUACGCGAAAACAAACUGGAACUGUGCAGAAAUCGUGACGCAUAAGUCAUGCACUGGUUGUACAACGUGGGAUAGUUCUUCUGCUGGCUUUCAUCUUAAGGGAAUGCAUUUUUGUUGGCUUUUGUCAACCUCUACAACAGUUUAAAUCCAGGAACGCUUUAUUACUCUAUUCGACAGAAAACGCGUAAUUCUGAACGGAACCUUUCUGACGCUCGCGCUGUUUUUGCUGGCAAAUCUGGUCAUCAUCUUUUAAUUUGGGGGGCAGGGAGUGGGUUAUUGGAUAUAUUCAUGUUUUUCCACUUUUCCUUCAUGGCCUCAUCCAGGAUGUAUUUUUUUAUGACAUGCAUACUGUUUUCUCAACUUGCGUUGAGUCGCGCGCUCAGAUGUCUGCCCUGUGAUAAGUCUAAAUGCGAGGAGCCUAAGCACUGUAGCGGUUCGGUGGUGCUGGGAAUCUGCGGCUGUUGUUCGGUAUGUGCCAAGCAGAAGAACGAGAGCUGCGGAGGCGUUUACGGUCUGUACGGGACCUGCGACCGGGGGCUCCGGUGCGUGAUCAGACCCCCGAUAAACGGCGGCUCCAUCACACAGUAUGAAGUCGGUGUAUGUGAAGAUGAAAACUGGGAUGAUGACCAACUCUUGGGCUUCGAGCCAUGCAAUGAAAACCUGGUUACGGGCUGUAACAUCAUUGAUGGGAAGUGUGAAUGUGACAGUGUGCGAACAUGCAACAACCCAUUUGAGUUCGCGAGUAAGGAAGCCUGUCAUACGGCCUUGCAGAAGAUUGAAGAGGAGAGACCAGACUGUUCCAAGGCAAGGUGUGAGGUUCAGUUUUCUCCGCGCUGUCCUGAAGACUCCACAUUAAUUGAGGGCUACGCUCCACCAGGGGAAUGUUGCCCCCUGCCCAGCCGCUGCGUGUGCAGCCCAGCAGGGUGUCUGAGGAAAGUUUGCCAGCCUGGACACCUCAACAUCCUCGUGUCCAAGAGCUCAGGCAAACCCGGCGAAUGCUGUGACCUCUAUGAAUGCAAGCCAGUGUUCAGUGUAGACUGCAGCACAGUAGAAUGCCCUCCAGUGAAGCCCGUCCAGUGUCCAGCAGACAGCUAUGAGACUCAUGUCAGACUGACAGCAGAUGGCUGCUGCACCCUUCCUACCAGAUGCGAAUGUUUGCCUGGCAUCUGUACCUUCUCACAAUGCCCGGCAGGGACUUCCCUUAAGGUUGUGUCCCGUGGCGAUGGAACACCUGAGAGGUGCUGCGAUGUGUUUGAGUGUGUCAACGAGACAAAGCAGGCCUGCACUUUCAACGGUGUGGAGUACCACAAUGGAGACAUGUUCAGGAUGGAUGCGUGUCGAUUCUGUCGCUGUCAGGGUGGGGUGUCCGUGUGCUUUACGGCACAAUGUGGUGUGCUGCACUGCGAACGCUACUACGUACCUGACGGAGAGUGCUGUCCUGUGUGCGAAGACCCCAUCUACCCGGUGCUCAAUUUCGCCGGUUGCUACAUGAACGGGCAGAUCUUGGCUCAUGGAGACCACUGGCGUGAGGACGACUGCACCUUCUGCCAGUGUGUGAGUGGAGAGGCUCGCUGUGUGGCGGCCGCCUGCGGCCACAGCUGCCUCAAUCCUGUCACCAUUCCAGGAGAGUGCUGUCCUGUGUGUGAAGAGCCCACCUACAUCACAAUGGCGCCUCCUGCCUGCGGCUCGCUGAAAAAUUGCACUCUGACGGAGAAGAGCUGCCCGUAUGGAUUUCUUCUGGAUGGCAACGGCUGCCGGAUGUGCAGUUGCAAGACACAAGAAGAGCUAUGCAGUGAUUUAAUUGCCAGCUGCAAUCUGAAAUGCCCUUUUGGCUUCCAGACAGACAUCCACGGCUGUGAGGUUUGCCAGUGCCGUCCACGUCACAAGAAGUGCAAGGCUGUGGCCUGCAUCAAGGACUGCCCCUUCGGAUACAUUAAGAACAAGCAUGGCUGUAAUACCUGCCGUUGCAAGAAAUGCCCUGAGCUGCCAUGUGACAAGGCCUGUCCAGUGGGCUUCCAGCACGAUGAGUUGGGCUGUCUUAUUUGUCAGUGUAGAGAUCAGAGCUCGUCAUCUGUGGCUCCCCCAGUGGAACUGGACUCCUGUCUGUCUAUGGAUGGCCGGAGACAUGAGAACAGGCAGAGCUGGCAUGACGGCUGUAGAGAUUGUUACUGCCAUGCUGGGAGAGAAAUGUGUGCCCUAAUUUCUUGCCCUGUGCCCCCUUGUGACAACCCCAUCAUCCGAAAUGGCCACUGUUGCCCCACCUGCCCAGAAGAGUCCAGUUCUCAUAAGCCGGAGCUGAGCGAGGCAUCUGUGUGUUUGGCUCCGGGUGGAGAGUACUUUGUGGAGGGCGAGACAUGGAACAUUGAUUCCUGCACUCAAUGCACCUGCCACAGUGGCCGUGUGCUUUGUGAGACGGAGGUAUGCCCGCCCCUGCUCUGCCAUAGUCCAAUCAGAACGCAGGAUUCCUGCUGCCCUCACUGUCCAGAUGACCCUGUCACCCCUCAGAUGCCCAGUAAUGACAGUAUGCCCGGUUACUGCAAGAAUGAGGAUGGUGAUAUCUUCCUGGCCGCUGAGUCAUGGAAACCCAAUGUCUGCUACAGCUGUGUCUGUCUGGAUGGAGCCAUCAGUUGCUACCCUGAGUCCUGCCCACCCGUCAACUGCCCCCGACCUGUGCUCAGGAAAGGCCAGUGCUGCCCGUACUGUCUAGACGCCACACCGCGGGCUGUGUGUCAUUUCAAUGGAAAGACGUACAUGGACGAGGAGCGAUGGGACAUUGACAGCUGCACACACUGCUACUGCCUGCAAGGCCAGACCUUGUGUUCGACUGUCAGCUGCCCUGCUGUACCCUGCCAUCAGCCAAUCACAGUGGAGGGCAGCUGCUGCCCUAUGUGUCCAGAAACUUAUGCACCCACAAACGUGCCAAUUGAGAAGACAGACCAACGUGGAGACAAGCAGAGACAUCAUCCGGCCUGGCCUACUCACAGUGAAAAUGAUAUCAUGCCACAUUUCAGAGGCGACUUCGGGAGUUUGCGGAUGCCAUACCUAGAUGGUAAGACGCCAUUGCCAAGUGAGGAUUCUAGUCUGCAUUGGGCCUGGGUGGCACUGCCUAUCCUGAUGAUGAUGCUCACCAUAACCGCCCUUCUGCUGGUGAACCAACGUAAGCAGUGGAUUCCCGUGCCUUGCUACCGCACACCCACAAAGCCCACGUGUCUCAAUAACCAGCUGGUGUAUGUGGACUGCCAGAAGGGGACGAAAGUCCAGGUGGACAGUUCCCAGCGCAUGCUCCGCAUCGCAGAUCCCGACUCAAGAUACAGCGGUUACUAUAGCAUGCAGAAACACAACAACCUGCAAGCUGACAACUUCUACCAGACUGCGUGAGCAACAGGAGAGUGAGAGAGAGUGAGUGAACGAAAACGAAAACGAGAGACUGAGCCUGUGUUCAGCUGCCAAACAUUUUUUGGCACGCGAACAUCUACUAAAUACUAUAGAGAUGGACAAAGCCAAGUGGAUAGAGAAGAGACCCUGAUAAUGAAUAACAAAUAUAAUAUUCACAUAAGUCACUCCAAGCAAAAGAGAAAAAAUAUAUAUCACACAUCAACACCUGAAAGCCUCACCUGAAGCUGGACGCCGCAUCUAUGAGUGUGAUAUCUUAUAUCGGUGAGGACUCUUCCAGAAUAUUUUUGUGAUCGGUUGAGCAUAUUUUUAUGUGAGUGUGAGUUUUCGUGGAUGCCCAGGCACAAGUUGAAGGUAGUUGUGAAGUCUAAUGUACACUUGGGAUUCGGACAACCGCUGUUUUUUCAAUGCAUUUUUCCCCGCAUUCCUACUUUUUCAGUUGAAAAAGAGAAAAAGUUUUAGGAGUGCUUGUGUGAACAUUUAAAGCUGAACCAAAGCUUUUCUCUCUGAGUUAUCUGAUAUGCCCAGAACAGGUGAGAAGGUGAGGAGGGCGAGAAGACCUUUACUUCCCCGAGGCAGAGGAGAUGCUGAACUGUGUUUGUGUGGCGGAAAAUGAGAGGGAAAAUUGAAAGAAAGUAGGUCUGCUGUAGCAAACAGACCCAUUUUUUUAAGAGAUGCUACUGUAAGAUUUUGAUUCCCCAGUGCUGUGGGUGAGUUUGGCCAAGCUUUUUUUUCUUUUCAAAAGAUGAAUGGAAGACAACAGAUUAAACCACUCAGUGGACAUUAGAUCUUCCUGGUAAAUGGAUGUGUGGGUUCUCUAUAUUGUAUCUCUGCUAACAUGUAUGAGCGUUUCCCAUUUAACCGUACAAACACCAUUUGCUCUUUCUCCCAGAAUGAAGGGCAGAUUGACUUACACUCCUUAAAUAUAUAAUUUACUGAAACGAAUCUUAGGGUUGUGAAGCGAGACAAAGAUAACAAAAGAACAAAGCGAUACUGGUUUGGAUUUGUGGCUAUGCUUUACAAGUGCUGCUUUUUUUGCUUUGAUUCUUUAAACCUCAUUUCGUAGGGAUGAAAACAUGUAGUGAGGACAGUUUGUGUCCUUUAAGAAGCAUUUACGAAGCACAAGCAGAACGAAUGCUUGUGUCCAUUUGUUGUAAAAACAGUUCUUACGGUAAUUGUCCACAAUACUCUGUAUGGUUUUUACAAAUGAUUACUUAAUACUUGUAAGGAUUUAAACAGUUUACACAAAAAGUUUCACGCAAAAAUUACUACAUUGUUGACAGUUUACAUUAGAACAGUUUUACGAACAAUUAUUAUUAGAAAUUUCUUUAUAAUUCACACAAAAAUGUAACUUUUACACAAAAAAUACUAAACUGUCGACAAUUUAAGCAAGAAUGGUUUAUAACAUUUACUUAAUAAUAGUAAUUUCUCUAAACGAUUCUUACAAAAAUUUACGGAUUUAAAUGAUUUAAACAAAAAUAUCAAAAUUACCGUCAGUUUCCGUUACUACGUAGCAAUGAUUUCUCUAUACGAUUAACACAAAAAUGUAAGGAUUUAAACAAUAUACACAAGCAUUAUAACAUUUUUAACAAUUUAUGCAAGAAUAGUUUUUAGGAAUUAUUACUAAACAUAAUUAAUUAAAAAAUAAUUAUUAAGGAUUUGAAUUAUUCAUACAAAAAUUACUUAAUUGUAGACAAUUUAUGGAAAAUGGUUUUAUGAACAAUUAUUAAAUACUAGUCAUUUUUCGACACAAUUCAUACAAAAAUUUAAAGUUUGAACGAUUUACACAAAAUUGACUGUCGACAGUUUACGUAAGAGCGGUUUUACGAACAAUUAUAACUGUGUAUUAGUAAUUUUCUAAAUGAUUUAUACAGAUAUGUAGGAUAUGAACGAUUUACACUAAAAACUUUUCUCACAUUUUUGUAAGAAUGGUUUUAUUAACAAUUACUACAUACUAGUAAUUUCUCUAAAUUAUUCACACAAAUUGUUGACAUUUCAUAUUUGAGGAAAUAUUACUACAUCCUAGUAGUUUUAGUUGAUGACAUAAACACAAAUUGAACAUUUUGAAUGAUUUACACAAACCAUUUACACAAAAAAUGACUUUGUCUACAGUUAACGUAAGAAUGGUUUUACGAACAAUUUACACAAGAUUGCAACAUUUUGCCCGUGUUUCAAGAAUGAGUCUCAAAAAUCUGAUCUGAUGACUUUUGGUAGGGGGUUUGAAACAUAUUAUGCUUUUGGUUGCUUGUUUUUCGUUUUUUUAUUUGUACUGUCAUGAAACUGCCUCCUUUUCUGGAAGCUUCGAAACAUUACUGAGGCACCUUUCUGUUUGGGUUUUCAAGCUGAGAACAAAUUUGGCUUAAAAAUGGAUCAUUUAUGUACAUAUUAAUGCUAAAAAGAAAAGGCAUGAAAUAUUAUGUGAGUAUAUAUGUGUGUGUGUGUAUGUAUUUGUGUUUGCAUGUACGUACGAGUGUGUACACACAAACGCACAUGUACGCACACAUGACAUUGGUAAGGUUCUUAGUUAAUUUUCCUAAUGAAUGUAUUUAUGAUUGAUAAAAAAAGAGAUUUAUACUAGCGAACUGAUCAUGACAGGCAUGCCAUUGCCUUUCUUGUUUGACGGGUAAUUCAGAAAAGCACAGAUGAUGAUGAUGAUGAUGAUGAUGAUGAUGAUACAGAAUAAGACAAACAUCUCAUUCAAUCCUUUUUUUUUUGUGUGAGUGUAUUUUUCCCUCUUGUUUUUUCUAAUAGUAAAGCUUAUCUCAUUCAAAUGUUUUGGGGCCCACUUUAGCUUUGUUCAGACCUGCAGCAAAAAUAUGAUCUUUGACCUGAUUCAAACCACAUUUGCAGAUGUGUUUAGAUUAAAUAUGAUUACAAUCAGAUUUUUAAAAAUGCAACUCAGUCUGAAUGAUCAGAUCAGAUUUCAAAUGUUUCAAAUAUACUGUAUCUGUCCAGUGUGAACAAAGCCUUUGUUUUUGUAAGUGAAGUCUCUUCAGUUGUCUGAACUACUGGAAUACUGAUGGACAUAAGCUGUUGAAGUGAGGGGUUAGGGCAGGGCAGUGGGAGGUAAAAGGUAGCUUUGUGAUAGUUUGUCUUGGUUGUAUCUUUAUCUGUACAUGAUAUUGUUUGUAGAAUUAUACAACUUGGCACUUUUUGAUUUUAUUUUGAUUUCUAACAAAUUGUUUUAAAGAGAUGCCCUUGUUGCCCCCCUAAAACCUUAUGGAACCCUGUGCAGUGGUAAUGGGCUGAAUCUUAAGAAAACAUGUCCAAGUUACAUUUCACCCUAAAGUCAACAGGAAAAAUUACAAAUUAUAUAAUUUGCAUGAAGAAAAUUUUAGGACUGUUACAUUUUUUUUUUAAAACAAUAUUAUUUUCAUGACAACCAGAUUUUCUCCCCCAAAUUCUCAUUGCCAGAAUGUGUCCUGAUAUUUGACUUUAUAAUAAUUUUUUGCAUUAUGCAUUAUUCUCAAUGAUUGUUCAUUAGAAUUCGUUUUUUAAUGGAAGAAAACUAAAAUAGCAGUCAAAGACAUAUUUUUGCCUAUUUUUAAGAUUUAAGCAUUUCAGUUUCAUCAAAAAUUCCAUCAAAUUGAAUUGUGUAAUGUUUUACUAAAUUAAAUUAAGAAAACUUUAAAUAUAUAGUUAUUUUAAAUUGGAUUUUCUUAAAGAUAACUCGGUUCAAUUUAAUGCAAAUUUGUGAUAAAAUUGAAAUGUGUAAAUCUUAAAAAUAUUUUUUUUUUGAGCAUACAAUUAUUUUUUGUUCUAGUUUUACAAUUGUUUUGACUGUAAAAAACAAACAAAAAUUACUGUAAUACAGUUUGUUACGGUAUUAUUGUGUGAGCUUUUUUUUUUUUUUCAGUGGACUCUUAUUUUGAAAUGUAUUUUUGCCUUCAUGUCUGGUUUCCUGGUUCCCUUUCUCAUUGUUUUCAGCUGAGUCAUUUUGUUUAAGCAAAAUAUAAUUUCAUGUUGAGUUUCAAUUUGGGAGUGAAAAAAUUACCUGGACAUGAAAGGUUUCAUGAGAUUCACCCAAUUUGUUUCAGAGCUUGAGUCUAUAACUGCAACACACUCACAAUCUUGUUAUAACAAAGCCUUCGUCAUAUAAAAUGUACUGUGUUAUCAGCACAAUGCCACAGAGUCAAGGAUGUGGAUUUUGCUUGAACAUUGGGGGGGUACUCUUCCCCCAUCCCCCCUGGAAUCUACACCCAUGCACAGAGUCGUGGUUUUGCCUUAAUUCAAGCACAUAAAUGUGUAGAUAUUACCUAAAAAUGUAUACAGUAACUCACAAAUAACCACUUGCCCUUGAAAUGUAAAGGCCGAUUUGGACCCUUCGCUCAUUUUUAUUCUUCACCACACUUCUGAUUUUUUGUUGUUGUUUUUAAUUUUGGAAAUGAAGCAGUUUAUUGGUUGUCCUGUCAUUCAGUCAUAACCAAUCAAAAAGCAUUAGACAAACGGUAAACAGUAAUUAGUAAUGGAGCAUUGCUUUUGAGAGGCCAAGCAAACAUCCACACGGCUCUGACAAAAAUAAACUCGGCAGCAUUUCAGCAAGAUGUCAUCCAUAUUUAACAAGCAAUCUGAGAUCUGUGCAUACCCCACUUUCAAGUUCAAAUUCAAUAUCCACACACAAAACAACAUUUCCUCCUCAUUGCCUCUGAACACUCUGUGCUUGAGUUCAUGGUUGAAAGCUGCCGAACAUCACGGACUAGAUUUGAUUUGGGCACAUUUAUUUGGGUUCUACGGGGUGGUUUUUAUUAUUUUUUUUGUGCAUUCUCCAAGUAUUGUUGUAAAUACUUGAGUGUCACUCACCAAAACAAAAAAUACAAAAAGGUUGGGUGAGAGGUAAAAAUUAGAGAUGUAAUAUAUUGUCUAUGACCUUAAUAAUUUAUUGAUGAGUGAAAAAACUGAAAGUAGCAGAGGACGCAGCUCAAAUGUCUGCCUCUUAAAGAGUGUUUCAAAAUACAAGACUUUAUAGAGUAUUUGUUCUUUAUUUUUUGGCUCUUCAAAGAGAGCAACGAUGAAUUUGUUUUCUUUUUCUUUUAAAGGAUGGUCGUCCCAAUGAAAAAUUAAAGCCAGAGGAGCUUCUAGAAAUUUGUCCUCGUAUCCCCCCUCCACCCUCUUUAUUUUUUCUUUCUAUAUGAAAUAUCAGCCCUUCUAGAGUUUGUAUACUACUGGUGUUUAUUGUUCUUGUAAAAAAAAAAAAAAAAGAAGAAUGUCAAGAUGGGUCAUGAUGAAGAGAAAAAAAAAAAGUGUAGUUGAAAUAUGGACUCUGAAUUCCUGUAGCACAGCAGAUUUUUUUUCCUCCAGAUUCUUGUAUUAUUUUGUUUGUUACUUUGCAGCACAAUAAAUACUUUUUAAACAA